GAGAAAGUGCAGAGAACGUUGAUGUUUUCAUCAACAUCUGACGAACAACCCUGUCAACAGCAGAAUAUACUUCUGUCAUAACAGUAUCGACAGUAUGUCUGUCGCAAAUCCGAAACAAACAGUAAUUAAUCCAACGAUUCCUUAUGCUGGGACCAUCCUGGGUGGACUACAUCCCGAAGAGAUUGUGCUCAUUCAGGGCAGUGUGCCCAGUGAUGCUGACAGAUUUCAGAUUGACCUGACCUGUGGGAGCAGCAUGAAGCCUCGGGCAGACGUGGCCUUUCAUUUCAACCCUCGCUUCAAGAGGUCGCCUUACAUUGUCUGUAAUACACUCGAGAAGGAGUGCUGGGGACGGGAGGAGAUUCAUUACAUGAUGCCCUUCAGACACGGUGCUGCCUUCGAGAUCAUAAUACUCAUAAAGAAAGAUCUUUUCAAGGUGGCAGUGAAUGGCUCUCACCUGCUGGAGUACAGGCACAGGUUAGAGUUCAGGAAGGCAGACACACUAGCCAUAUCUGGGAAGGUUCAAAUUAAAGCAAUUGGAUUUAUUCCCAGUUCAGUGAGUAAGAGCCCUGUAACAUCACCAAAUGCAGCUGAGAGCAAAAGGUUGCAGUCUUAUACUGUCAUGUCAGAGUCAGGUGAUCUGAAUCUUCCAUUCAAGAGCAAACUUGUGAAAGGAUUGAGUCCAGGAGAUUCCAUAAUGGUGAAGGGUCGGAUCGGUGCUUCCCCACACAGCAGUUUUGCUGUAAACCUGUACGUCAGUAACUCAGAGGACAUCGCUUUGCACUUAAAAUAUUGCCUCAAGACUGGAGUCUUUGUCCGAAACUCUUUCCUGUCGGGAUGUUGGGGGUCAGAGGAGCUCUCCCUGUCCAGUUUUCCCUUCUCAACUGGCCAGUACUUUGAGAUGGUCAUCUUGUGUGAAGCUCAGCAGUUUAAAGUGUCAGUAAAUGGGCUCCACCAGCUCAGUUAUAAGCACCGCGUGCAGGAUCUGAGUCAGGUGGAUGAACUGGAGAUACUGGGUGAUCUAGAGCUGAAUGAUGUCAAGAUGUGAUGAGCAACUUCAGCCUGAAGACCAUUCACAUGUGUUCUCCAACCAAGUACAUUCAAUCAGCCCAUUCCUCAAGCAAACAAAGCUAUAACACUAAACCUGAACUCUUUUAACUUUUUAAUUGAGUCACUACCCAGUCCAAUCUGCCUGGAUUAUCUAACUAUUAGCAUAUUUAUACCAGACCUGUUGUUUUUUUUUUUUUUAAAAUAAGUAAUGAAUUAAUGUAAGGAUUCGCUACACACUAUUCUACUUCAGCUGAAUCUCUUUACACUUUUGAUAAGAUGUGAUCUGAAAGAAGAAUGAUAUUAUUAUUAUUAUAUGUCGAUCUUUUUCAGCCUAUUGACAAUUUUCGAUAUAGAUCUCGAUAAUUAUGUAUUUGCUCUGAAAUGACUCAAAAGUGUUUUUUUUUUUUUAUUUAAUCAGUGGAACUAAAUGUAUCUGUGUGACGUUAUAUCUUUUUUUUUUUGUUUGUUUUACACAUCAUGUAUAAUGUUUACAUCUUGUGGCUAUACUUGGACUGGGCUUAAUCACUUCCAUUGUUAGUGUCUUAAUUUUAGUUUUUUCGUAAACGAAGUGUCUAAAUAAUUUUUCUGGUAAUUAACAUUUGUCACAAAUAUUGAUUGGGCUUAACUUAUUUUAUAUUCCUUUGAAUGUCCACUUUAGAGUACCAGAAAGAUGGUAUGAUGAGGAGAUGGGGCCACCUAUAGAAACAUGAAUGGGAGAGAUUGCAAAUCUUAAUAUGUCAGCUGUGGAUUAGAUUUCCUUUAGUGUGAUUUUAGCAUAAGAACCAAAAUGUAUGAUACCAUUGUUGUCAAAUUGUAUUUCUAAUUUGAAAUAUUCUAAUGAAGGUUGAUGAACAGUUUUAAAGAUUUUGGUCUUUCCCCAUUCAAGUAGAGAGGAGCUGUAUUUGUAUGACUAUUAUCUACAUAGAAAAUAGCCCAGGGGUGUUGCCAUAAUUACUGCUGAAUGAACAAACUUGCUUUACAAGUACUUCAGUGUUUCACCACCAUACUAAACAAUAAAUUGAGCGCUAAUAACUAACAUUUGACAACCAAAGUGUCCAAAGUAUUUUCUAUUAUGAAAUUUCUUGCAUUUCUUCAACAAUAAUAUUCUGUGCAUUUUAAUAUCACUGUGUGAAAUGUUUCUUAUUAAUCUAAUGAAUUCUUUUUAUGAUGCAAGUGAACAAAGCUGUGAGGAUUUCCUUAAAAAGUUGUGAAUUUAUUAACAUCCACAAUAUUCCAACUUGCAAAUGAAAUCAAAUGCAUUUGGCACAUAAUCACAUGACCAUAUUGUCACCUGGUUUGAAUUUGUGCAUUAGUUAUCCAAAUAUAUAACCUUAUCAUAGAUAAUACCACUAAUAUUAUCAACAGAACCCCAAAGAGAGAUAAAGGCAGUGACGUUGCAUUAAAGUUCUCUGUUACUACCGCUGUAUGACUGGACGCAUUGGAUUUUGAGACCAUACAAGUUUGUGAAACACUGGGAAUCAAAGGCUGUACAAAGAGACUAACAUUAAAGUGAUUAUCUGUCAUAUUACCAAGUUCUGGUAAUAUUGAACAUAUAUAGUUACAUAGGAACACUGUCCAUAAAAAAUUAUCCCUUCCAUGGACUGUCUUAACAUCUUAGAAAAUGCAUUGCCUUCUUUGUGCUUUGACAAUGGAUCGCUACAGUCAGUUUCCAGAAGUAAAACAACCAUUCAUUUUUUCUCUCUAGAGAAACUGAAUUUAAACGUGUGUGUGUGUGUGUGUGUGUGUGUGUGUGUGUGUGUAUAUAUAUAUAUAUAUAUAUAUAUAUAUAUAUAUAUAUAUAUAUAUCCUUUCAAGGCAGACCUACCAUGAGCUCUGCGACUUAAACGAUGUAUACUGAUUUCAACGGUGUAUAAAAAUCUUGUUUUAUAACCAAUUCCCAGUGAAAAUUUACACUACCCAUAAUCCUGAAGAUGGAUCCACCAAUCAGAGAAAUCCAGUUACCAUGGAAAUGGAUAUCAUGGCAAAUAAGCCCACUCAUACAUACAUAUGUAUGUGUGUGUGUGUGUGUGUGUGUAUAUAUAUAUAUAUAUAUAUAUAUAUAUAUACACACAUUUUUAUAUAUUAAGGCUGGUGAUUUAACAUUAAUUCAGUGUAAAUAGUUAUAUAAAAAAUUAUGUGUUAAAUGUACAUUCAUAACAUUUAUAAUUUUCCUAUCAACAAAUUCAAGCUUAAAGUGCCACCUCCAUGUUUUGCGAGUCUCCGGCAGCAGGGGGCAGUAAGCGCAGCUGUACAGGCAACAUGUAGCUUUUCAGACAACAAACCAUAGCUGAUCAAAAACAGCUAGACAAGCAGAGGUGUGUUUUCAAAUCACAUUUAACUUGACACAGCGUCCUACAAACACAAGUUUAUGACUAUGAGAUGCUGAGAACCAGUGAAACGUGAUGCAGCCACAGUGAGAUGCUUCAGAAGUGCCCAUCUGACACAUUUGCACAGAUGGAAUGCAAGAAUGCAUCCUGUGAGUAGCCCUCAAGUCUACCUUGGACAGAUUGACAAACUCAAUUCCAAAAUGAAUUGCUGUAGUAGACUGUAGGCAGAGUUGGGCUUGUUACGGAAUACAUGUAAUGGCGUUAUGUAUUUAGAAUACAAAAAUAUAGUAACUGUAUUCAGCCCCUGCUACAUUUUCAAUGCCUGUAUUUUGAGUACAGUUACUUAAUACAAUUUUGUUGGAAUACUUCUCAUAAUGAACACAAAAUUCAGCAGAUGUGAAAGAAAAACAAUAUUGUCAAUAGUAAUUAACAGUUUUUCUAAACCGCGCAUGAUACCCACAUGCUCUCUCUAACUUGAGAGCAGCUGCAGCACUUGAAGUCUUGCCAGGGUCAAACUGCAAAUUUGAAAACACAAUCGUGGGCUGCAUUUUUGGGAUACUUUAAAAAUGGACCAUGGUCACCAAAAGGUUUAAUGGUAGGCACUUAAGAAUGAAAAUAUCACAUCUUAUUCAUGUAAUGACUCCCAGAUUGAAUGUGCACCACUGCAGCAUCAAUACAGUUGGCAACAUGUUUCCACAAAUAUAAUAACAUUUGCAUGCUUGAUAAAUUGUGUCCUGUGGUUGUUGCUGUGUGAAUACAUUUAUGCAGCUGCAGUUGUGGCAUUUGUUUAAAGAUGGAUGCUCUAGAUAAGCAUUUUGUGAGUCACGUCCACAUCAGAAACUUGCAGAAUGAAGAUCUAUUGAGAAAAAGUUACUAAUGAAAAUAUUAUAUGAAUAUGUAAAAUAUGCGAGAAAGUGCUGCAAAUACUUAAAUAGGUAAAAGGACUUGAAUUAGAUCAGAGUCUAAAUGACGACUUUACAAAACUUGUAAAUAUCUACUGUAAAUGUUAUGGCUUAUAGAUGUAUGGGCGGCUAGUUCAGUGUGACAAAUAUGGCAUCCAGUUAUCAUCUCAAAAAUAUAUAUGGUUAUUAGUGGUGCUUGCAAAGCAUCACUAUUGUAAUCUCACAUACUUAUUAUUUUUAUUUUUAUUUUUAUAUCUCCGUACAAAAUUUCGGCACCUAACUCGUCCCGCACCAUUUGGCGUAGACCCACGAAUGAGGUGUCAAAUCGAACGGCCUAUUGAGGACACGUGUGCUAUGACUUUUAUAAGCGAUCGGGGGUACGGUAUUUGCCCCAGGGGCAAAAAAGCGGCCGAAAAAUCCCAUAGACUUAACAUUGCGACAAACUUUGACGCAUCACAGCUCCGAGCCAGGAUUUCGCAGAAACGUGUCAUUUGCUACAUUUGAAGAGGCUGGCAGGCUCUGUAAGAUGCCCAAAGUUGCCCCCAUUGACUUACAAUGGUGUAGGACGGACCAUGAAAUAGGCAUUUUGUAUUGAACAUAGCUCUGGAUCACAGUGUCAUAGAGACAAGGGGGCGGGCUCAUUUUACUCAGAUGACCAAUCAGUCUCUCGGGAUCAUUGUGAAGCUAUCAAGCCACGCCCUAACAACAAUUUAAAGCACCUUAGCAACAAGUCCCUUAGACUUCUAAUGAAAGACAUCAAAGGGAUAUCUCCGGAUAGAAGUGUCAUAGAAACACAAGGGUGGUCUCGUUUGACUCGGGGCAGCAAACAGCCAAUCAUGAAUCACCUCAACACUUCCUAGCCCCUCCCUACCAACCAUUGUCGAGCACCUUAGCAACCAAAAUCCAUACAGGCAUAUCUUCCAUUCUGAAUGUCACAGAGGCAUGGGAGUUGGUUUAUAUCAUUCAUACUGACAAGCAGCCUUUGAAGUUUCACGAUCGGCAGCUGCCAAGCCACUCCCUAGCAACUAAACAGAGUACCCUAGCAACCGUUUAGCUAUAACUAUAUCUCUGCACCAGAAAAUCAGAGAGACUUCUGGGUUGAUUUAUUCCAAUCAGGAUGGCAAGGACACUUGAUAAGUAUCACUACGGUAACUGCCUAGCAACCACAUGGGGUUACCCUAGCAACAGAGUAACAAAUCACAUAUCUCUGCAUCAGAAAAGCGUACAGACUUCGGGUUGACUUAUUUCGCUCGGGAUGGAAAGGAGCCAUGUAUUGUAUUACCUUGGUAACUGCAUAGCAACCACACGGGCUUACCCUAGCAACCGAGUAACAAAUCACAUAUUUCUGCACCAGAAAAUCGUACAGACUUCCGGGUUGAUUUAUUUACGACCGUGAUUUUUGUUCUUUUCGAGUUACAGCAUGCUGUUCGACGAGUUUUGCCACGGCAAGCACCACUCACAUUUUCUUCAGGAAAUGUACCCAUCUAGUUUGUAUUUGUUAUCUGAUUUUGUGUCAAAAAUAUUAUUCUUUUUCAGUUCAAUCAAAUAAUGGGUUAUGAAGAUAAAAUAUUGUAGAUGACCACAAACUGCCUUCUGACUUCCAUAAAGACAGACAUUAGUUUUCAUACUCCUAAUUUAAAGAAACAAUUUAUACAGAUUCACUUAGAUGUUAGUGGAGAUAUAGCAGUUCAGAUAAGAUAAUGCCUUAAACAUAUGUAUGCUAAAUACAUUACUUUUAUGUUUAAGUUUUCGGAAUACAUUACUGAAUACCUUUAAUAAAGAGUAUUUAGUGUUCAGCCCAGAAUAAUUUCUUAAAAAAAUCUGCCCAACCCUGACUGUAGGUUAUGUUCAAUGAUAUGGAAAUAAAACAAACAUUCCAUUGACUUCUAAAGUCACUUUUUGUAUUGUGUAAUCAAUACUUUACUCAUCUGCUACAAUAAUGUAGUCUUUUGA